ACCGACAUGUGUCAUUUGAGAGUGAACCUCAGAUUAUUUAGUUAACACGGCUACGGACAAGGCCUGACGCCAUACCUACAACGCCAACCCAACUCUCUCUUUUCUCCGUCACCUGACGUUCACUGGUUGGUCGGCUUCACAUUCAGCGCAAUUUGAUUCAACCAAUAUGAACAUUGACUGGAUCCUUGACAAUGGCUACUUGCCGCAUGCUGUCAUACGUGUGGGCAUUCGGCGCCAGCUACAAGAGCGAUUGAAUGCCAUUAAGAGCGCAUCACUAGCCGCUAGUUAUGAGCGCAAGUUAUCCUACAUCCAGCAGCUCCGUAAUCGGCCCAUAGCGGUGGAAACCGCGACCGCGAACAAGCAGCACUAUGAAGUUGGCACUGGCGUGUUAGCUGCUUGUCUUGGGCCACGUAUGAAGUACUCCUGCUGCCUAUAUCCUCAAGGCCGAGAGACACUUGCGCAAGCCGAAGUAGCCAUGCUUCAGACGUAUAUAGAAAAAGCCGACUUGGAGGAUGGCAUGAGCAUACUUGACCUCGGAUGCGGCUGGGGCUCCGGCGCUCUUUACUUCGCCGAGGUGCUACCAAACUCCAAGAUAACUGCUUUCUCUAAUUCGAAGACGCAGAAGGAAUACAUCGAUGGCAAAGCACAGGCGAAAGGACUAAAGAAUCUGACAGUCAUCACCGGCAACGUAGUUGACUACGAGUUCCAGCCCGAGUCAUUCGACAGGGUUGUCUCGAUCGAGCUGUUUGAGCACAUGAAGAACUAUGAACUGCUCAUGGCCAAGGUUGCCAGGGCGCUUAAGCCCGGUGGUCGGCUGUUUGUGCACAUUUUUGCCCACCGGACCACGCCCUAUGACUAUGAGGAAGGCUGGAUGACGACUCAUUUCUUUACGGGAGGCACCAUGCCUUCCGCCGACCUGCUCCUUUAUUUUCAACGUGAUCUACAGAUCCGUGAGCAGUGGUGGGUCAAUGGCGUCCACUAUUCCAAGACGUGCGAGGACUGGCUUGCCAAGAUGGUGGACAGCAAACAAGACAUUUGGCCGCACCUGGUCGCAACGUACGGAGAGCAAGAUGCCCACGUGUGGUACAAUCGCUGGCAAAUAUUUUACUUGGCAUGCUCGGAGCUCUUUGCAUACGAAGGCGGGGAUACAUGGGGCGUUGCCCAUUAUUUGUUUGAGAAGCCAGUAGCUUAGUACGAGACAGGACAAUCCACAGUGAUGGCAAGCCUGAGCCGAAAAAUGAAAUAAACUUUGGUUAGGU